UUGAAAUGUUAGGCUCCAAGUUUUGAGAUUUUUGAUCAGUUUUAAUUGGAACUUAUUCUAACUUUAUUGAUAAAAUAUUUAUAAGGGAAUCGAAAUGUCCACCAAAUCAUCCAACAGCUUGGAUACUCGUGCCGAGCUGGCUGAACUGGUGAAAAGAAAGGCGGAAAUUUCGGAAACUCUCGCCAAUCUUGAGCGGCAAAUUUACGCGUUCGAAGGUUCCUACCUAGAGGACACCCAGCUGUACGGGAACAUUAUCCGGGGAUGGGAUCGCUAUCUGACCACGAACAAAACUACCAACUCCAAGGCGGACAAGCGCAACCGGAAGUUCAAGGAGGCCGAACGACUGUUUUCCAAGUCUUCCAUUACUUCUAUGGCGGCCGUCAGCGGUUUGGUGGACCCGAACGACGCCAAACACGACCGUAAUGGCAGCGAGUCCGAUUCGAUGACCAACGACGAUUCCAGCGACAAUCAGAUUGGCGCGAUCAAUUCAAACUCUUCGCUCGGGUCGGCGCACGACAACACGCUGAAGAACGCGGCCGUCAGCAAGAGUCUCAACUCUUCGAAGAGCAGCGCGAUUGAAAAGUCAACCUCGUUCCUGACGCGACCGGCUACCCCUACGGACACUCCGAACACGUCCACCGCGGCACUGGCCAAGGAGGUCAGCACGCCGAGCAGUACCGCCAAGCACAAGGCUAGCGUGGGAUCGGUUAAGAAGAGCAACAGCUCGAACAAGAAGGUUCGGCAUCGCUAGAGACAGGGUGAGUUUGAAAUUGAACAUUACAAUUAUUGAAAUAUAAAAACAGCUUUUUAAACUUGGCUCCGUUCUCAGUGUGUGUUGUCGUAUAGUUGUAAAUUUGAAGACACGAACCAG